AUGACCGGCUCUCUUGAAAGGCUCAUCGAUGGCGCUGAAAUGCCUUUCAUCAAACCCAACGACAUGUCGAACGCUGAAAUUCCCAUCUUCAUUGAGUUCCUUCGAGGUAUGCUUACAAUUGACCCGACACAUCGAAAGUCGGCCGCAGAACUGCUGGACCAUGAAUGGCUUAAAAUGUGA